UAUUUUUUGUAAUUUUUUUUAGCGUUUCUGUGAGGAGGAGAAGUAAUAAAAAGUUUUUCGCCGAUUUCUCGCGGUUCUUCCCUCUCCUCUCCGCAGCCGGUGGAGACUCCGUUUCUCCGAGUUUUUACUCUUUUUAACCCGUCCCUGCCCCUUAGCGCCUAACUUUUUUAAUUUUUGUUUUAUUAUUAAUAUUUUUUUCGCCCCCUUGCUCCCCCUCGGCCACUUUCUCGCAUGAAUCUCCUCGACCCUUUCAUGAAAAUGACAGAAGAACAGGACAAAUGUAUCUCCGACGCCCCCAGCCCCACCAUGUCGGAUGACUCCGCCGGGUCCCCCUGCCCCUCUGGAUCCGGCUCGGACACGGAGAACACCAGACCCCAAGAGAACACCUUCCCCAAGGGGGACCCUGACCUGAAGAAGGAGAACGACGAGGACAAGUUCCCGGUGUGCAUCCGGGAGGCGGUGAGCCAGGUGCUGAAGGGCUACGACUGGACCCUGGUGCCGAUGCCGGUGCGGGUGAACGGCUCCAGCAAGAACAAACCGCACGUCAAGAGACCCAUGAACGCCUUCAUGGUGUGGGCGCAGGCGGCCCGCAGGAAGCUGGCGGACCAGUACCCGCAUCUGCACAACGCCGAGCUCAGCAAGACCCUGGGCAAGCUCUGGAGGCUGCUGAACGAGAGCGAGAAGCGCCCGUUCGUGGAGGAAGCCGAGCGGCUGCGGGUGCAGCACAAGAAGGAUCACCCCGACUACAAAUACCAGCCCCGGCGGAGGAAGUCGGUGAAGAACGGGCAGGCGGAGCAGGAGGAGGGCGCGGAGCAGACCCACAUCUCCCCCAACGCCAUCUUCAAGGCGCUGCAGGCAGACUCGCCCCAGUCCUCCUCCAGCAUCAGCGAGGUGCACUCGCCCGGGGAGCACUCGGGCCAGUCCCAGGGGCCCCCCACGCCCCCCACCACCCCCAAGACGGACCCACAGCCGGGCAAGCAGGACCUGAAGCGGGAGGGCCGCGCUCUGGGCGAGGGUGGCCGGCAGCCGCCCCACAUCGAUUUCCGCGACGUGGACAUCGGCGAGCUCAGCAGCGACGUCAUCUCCAACAUCGAGACCUUCGACGUCAACGAGUUCGACCAGUACCUGCCACCCAACGGCCACCCGGGCCAGCCGGGCCAGGUCACCUACACGGGCAGCUACGGCAUCAGCGGCACGGCGGGGACACCGGCGAGCGCUGGCCACGUGUGGAUGGCCAAGCAGCCGCCAGCGGCUCAGCCACAGCCGCAGCUGCCGGCGCUGGGCACGGAGCAGAACCCGCAGCAGCAGCAGCAGCAGCAAAGGACGCACAUCAAGACAGAGCAGCUGAGCCCCAGCCACUACAGCGAGCAGCAGCAGCACUCCCCGCAGCAGCAGCAGCAGCAGCAGCAGCAGCUGAGCUACAGCUCCUUCAACCUGCAGCACUACAGCUCGUCCUACCCCAGCAUCAGCCGCGCUCAGUACGAGUACGGAGAGCACCAGGGCUCCUCGGGCUCCUACUACAGCCACGCCGGGCAGGGCAGCGGGCUCUACUCCACCUUCAGCUACAUGAGCCCCGCGCAGCGCCCCAUGUACACCCCCAUCGCCGACACGGCGGGCGUGCCCUCCAUCCCCCAGACACACAGCCCGCAGCACUGGGAGCAACCCGUCUACACGCAGCUCACCCGGCCCUAAGAGAGAGAGCAGCCAGGCCAGGAGGAAAAGCGGCCCGUUAAAUUAAAAAAAAAAAAAAUUAA